AUGAGCGACGAUACCCCACGAUACCUCAGCCAGCUGGUCGACCGCGAAUUGGACGGUGCAUUGCAGCGCAAGCAACGGUUCAUGUCAUUCAAGGACAUCUCCCCGAGACUCAACAGAGGUCUUCUUCGCAACCUGAACGUCGCAAACAUACCCGCUUCUCAGCCGUCAAAUCGCACCGAGUGGCUGAAUAUCGUGCAUGCUAUGGACAGCAUCGUUGUUGUGACCCAUCUGCUCGAAAACCUCCGUUCCACGCGGGUCGCGAUCUUCGACGCGUAUAUUUUGGGAGAUACUCUCUCGCCGAUCUUCGAAUGGCUUCUCUACAUGCACCCGCAUGCCCACAACUGCGACGCAGAGGCCACGAAGGCAGCGAUAUCCCGCUACGGAUGGGCCUCCCCCGUUUGGUCUAGUAGAUUUGACAUCUUCAUCUGCCAUUUCUUCGUCGCUAUGUGCUGCGUCCCCUAUGGGCUCGACGCACUCAUUGGCCUCCCCGAGUCCGCAAUAUCGUACAUAUUCGACAUUUGGCACAUCCGCACCAGCCGCCUCGCCAAAGACCAAGCUCCCGAUGAACAUACAGCAACUGUCAUCUGGGCUCUCAUGAGACUGUACGGGAAAAUCGAUGACAAAGACCGCAUCUCCUCUGAGAUUAUGUCGAAAGGGAUGCCGGCGAUUCGCACAAUCAUUCGCCGCUUACGCGCCGUGGCUGCUGCUCCACCCAAUCUCAACGUCGAAGAGGCGCAGUAUCUCGUUUUGGUGGCCGCGUGUCUGCUCCAGCAAGCUCCCGCAGUGUCUCUUCUACGACCUCUUCUCUGGCUCAUUAGUCCUUUGCUACGUUUGGUGCACCACCCUCAAGCGAUGCCCCACACGGCAAACAUCGGCAAAAACUGUGAAACCACGCCACGACUCGAAGUCUACGCAAAUAAUGUUUGGCACAGCCUAUUUUACUUGCUUCCAGAGCUCCGCGGCACCAGGGACAUCGUCCGCCUCAUACGGGGAGGUCUACUCCAGAUUGCAUUCGAUUAUCUGACGCGCUGGGUGCAACUACGCGACUCGGUUUAUGAAUAUAGCCUGUCGUCUCUGGUCAGCUACAUCAUUUUACCUGCACUUAUGUUUCCAUCUGUGGCAAAGGCUGUAGACGACGAGGUCGAGCGCCACAAGCUAUGGCUGCCAGACAGCGAUCCCGCGGCGAAUUUGGAGUCGCAUAAAAAAUGGCGCGACAUGCUGACGCACCUACGCAUGGUAACGCAAGAAUACCUAGUGUACAAGUCCGCGGUGAAGUCCAUCCGCUUUUGCCACAACAACUCUUGCCUCCGUAGUCACGACCAGCACGAGCUCAAGCGAUGUGCCUGUGGUCGAGUAUACUACUGCAGCAAAUCUUGUCAGGCUGCGGAUCGACACCGUCACAAAGCCAUAUGCCAAUACAUCAGGAUCGUGACAGAAUCAUACGCCUUCAGGAUCGACCGACGCUCCGACGUGUAUUUCGUCCGGCAUUUCAUCGAGCAGAUCAUGUGCAUGCGCGAGCAGGCCCGCGAAUCGGACGUUGAAGAUAGCACCGGUUUGCGCGACUUUUCCUCAACUGUGAAGAUCAGUCACCCUCCAGAGGGUAGCUCUGGAUUACUCUACGUGCCAGUCACAAUUGGAUGGGAUAGAAGGAUCACCUUGAUUUUCCCGAGUCCGAUACUGUAA